AGGAGGAGUGAGUUUACUAUGUUGUGAGCGCAAUACUAGUUCAAAUUGAAGAUUACACUCCUCGAACUCUCGUGGUUGUUCUUUUUAUUCGCAAUAAUUUUGAUUACUACUAACUUUCUGUAGUUUACUUCUACAUUAAAAAUAUCUUCACGUUCACCGAGUUGUAGUUCAUCCUCUUAAGACGACGAAAAAAUGGUGAAGAAGAGCAAGAAGAACGAACAGAAGAAGCUCGCUAUUGAGCUGGCAAAGAAGAGGAGGUUGACCAAGCCAGCAGUGGGGAAAGCCGAGAAUAACAGUUUCUCCCAUGUCAAAGACAAGAUUAUGAGGUCAGAGCUCACAGACAAAGACAAGCGAAAGAAGAAAGUGAAAAAAGCUGAAGUCCGUAAAGGACGAAAGGAAGCGGAAGAAAAGGGAGAAGACCCGGAGGUACUUAGUUUUAUACAGAGGACUACAGUUUUUACAGUGGUACUUAAGUAGUUUUAUACAGAAGAUGAGGACUGCGGUUACAGUUUGUUGAUGAUGUUCGUGUUUCAUUAUGGAUUUUGUUCAUCUUGAUUGAUUCACACUUGUCUCUAUUUUUCCCUACCUAAAUGUAGUCCAGCAUCUCAUUACUUAUAGCUCAUCUAUGAUCUUUAUUCUUCCUCAACGAACUCGUGAUUGCAAUCUUCACAGGCACUCGGUUUCCCCGCAAGACAGGAGCCCAACACGAUUGAGAAGCUUCGUGAGGCAGAUGAGACUGUCGUUCCCGUAGAUGAAGAGCUCGAUAUGGAGAUCGACCAGGAUGAGGCGCAGGACGAAUUCUCGGCUCAUUUCAACCAUCAGACGACGCCUAAGAUCAUGCUGACGACGAACUUGAAACCGAGCAAGAGGAUGUUCGAUUUCUUGAAAGAACUAGUCGAAGUGAUCCCCAACACCAAGUAUUACAAGCGUAAAGGAUUAGGCUUGAAGCAGAUCAUCGAGUACGCAAAAAAACGCGACUUCACGAUGCUGUUUGUGGUAACGGAAAAAGCGAAGACGCCAAACGGGUUGUACAUCUGCAACUUGCCUUGCGGACCUACCUCGUUUUGGAAACUCACCAAGCUCAAACUGGGGCAAGAAAUGCGCAAAGGCACAGGUUGCAACAGCGAACACGCGCCAGAGCUGUUGUUGAACAACUUCACGACCCGCUUAGGUCGACGAGUGGCACGACAGCUAGCGACGUGCUUUCCGCAGCGACCCGACUUUCAGGGGAGGCGGUCAGUCUGCUUCCACAAUCAGCGAGACUUCGUCUUCUUCCGUCAUUACCGAUACGAAUUCAAAUCCGCGACUGGGACCGGACCCAAUGACAAGAAGAAGAAGAAGUCAGAGGACGAUGACGAUUCUGACAAGGAUGGAUCUAGCGAAGACGAAGAUGACAGCGACAUGGACGACGCUGCAGGCCUCAGCGCAAAACAACAAGCCAAAAAAAAGCAACAGGAGAAGGAAGAUGUGAAUGCUCCAGUGACCAAGCAUGGUCAGAAGAUCACGAGAGCAGGUCUGAAGGAAAUCGGACCUAGAUUCACCUUGAAGAUGCGAUACUUGCAGCACGGAACCUUUGAUUCGAAGAACGGGGAGUUCGAAUACCAAUGGCGACCAGAUUCACAAGUCAGCAGGAAGAAAAUGUUCUUGUAAAAAUUUGUUGAGGAGCUGCUGAUGAUACAGGCCAACUUGAUAGCUUUGCUGCAUGUUGCAACAUUAACAUGAUCUAGGUACUUACCACUUGAAGGAAAAGCCCCUG